GGAAACACCGCGAGAUCACCUGACUUCACUGUUUCUACUUCCUCAAAAUGUAAAUAUUGGCGUUCGUGUUUGGGGUGUGAGUUCAUAUAGCAACUACUGGACGACAAACUGUGUUUUAAAUUAUCUUUAUUGUCUUUUUGGUGUGUUUCAACGCGGAGCUGCAACGCGUCUGUGAGGGAAACACGAACGGAUGGAGGAAACUAAAAUGAAGCGAUGUUCUCACUGCAAGCUUUAAUUUCAUGUCAUUUUUGUACCUCGAAGUCAUAGUUAGUUAACACUGUGUGUGCGUCACGUAAAACGGUUGUAGGCUGAAUGGGAAUGGGUUUCCUCCCUCACUGUUUCAAAUGGAGAAUAAAGGGAGCGACGAGGUGGAAAAAUUGAAGACAAAGUUCUUGUCCGUGUGGCACAAUGUGAAGUACAGUUGGGCUCUCAAACCAAAGACGUCAUUCAGUAGAAAUUCUCCUGUGCUGCUUCUGGGAAAAUGUUACCAUUUUAAGGCUGAAGCCACAGAUGAAGAGAGUCCUACUGAAGCCUCUGUUGAGGACCUUGUUAUGGGGGAUGUGGAUGCUUUCCGGAGGGAUUUUGCAUCCCGUGUCUGGCUCACCUACAGGGAAGAGUUUUCCCCUCUUCCAGGCAGCACGCUGACCUCUGACUGUGGCUGGGGCUGCAUGCUGAGGGCUGGUCAGAUGAUGCUGGCUCAAGGACUUAUGUUGCACUUCUUGGGAAGAGACUGGACUUGGUCAGAAGCACUGACACUCCAGCCUUUAGACACAGAGACGUGGACUACAACUGCAGCCAAACGUCUGGUGGCCUCUCUGGAGGCUUCCCUGCAAGGUGCUCCUGGACCCUCUGUACGUAGCUCAUCACCACAGGCCCAAGCACUUUCCCUUGGAUCUGCAGAGGAGGCAGAUGCACAUUUAAAGGAGAUGUACCACCGCACUCUGGUGUCUUGGUUUGGAGAUAGCCCUUCGACUCCACUGGGCCUCCACAGACUCGUCCGCUUAGGCCUGACAAUGGGAAAACAGGCCGGGGACUGGUACGGACCAGCUGUAGUGGCACACAUCCUCAAGAAAGCUGUCGAGGAAGCGAUGGACCCUGGUUUGGCGUGUAUAACUGCCUAUGUCUCCCAAGACUGCACAGUAUACAGCGCUGAUGUCGUCGAUUGCCACAGGGCACCGAGAGCAGAGCGGACCUCUGAUGAGACACCAGACGCCCCUACUCUGCCACAGAACGACCAGCCAGUGCAUGCUUCCACCUUACCGGAGAGCCGAGCUGUAAUCAUCCUCGUCCCUAUUAGGCUCGGAGGGGAGAAGACAAACCCAGAGUAUUUUGACUUUGCAAAGAGCAUUUUGAGUCUGGAGUACUGCAUAGGCAUCAUCGGAGGGAAGCCCAAACAGGCCUGCUACUUCGUAGGAUUUCAAGAUGACAGCUUGAUUUACAUGGACCCUCAUUACUGUCAGUCUUUUGUGGAUGUCAGCACCAGCGAUUUCCCUCUUCAGUCUUAUCAUUGUCCCUCGCCAAAGAAGAUGCCUUUCAGCAAGAUGGACCCGAGCUGUACCGUUGGUUUCUAUUCCAGAAGUGUUCAAGACUACGAGAGGAUCAGUCAGGAGCUGUCUAAGCUGCUGCAGCCAUCAGCGAAGGAGAAAUACCCCGCGUUCACUUUCGUGCAAGGUCACGGCAGAGAUUACGACCUGUCGGCAGGCCUGACCCCUGAAAAGAGAGAGUGGCCCUUCAUCCGUGACCCGCGGAGGACGGUCACCACCGUCGGAGACUUUGUGCUGCUUUGACAGCCCUUUUUUAAAGUACAGAGAACAAGUCCUCUUCUGAUUAAUCAAAUUUGUUAAAGUCCAAAGCCUCAUGUAAGUGAUAUAGAGGUUUAUGGAACUACACGAAUACAGUUUAUGCAUCCCGGACACUUUACUGAUGAAUUUGUAAUUAACUGGUGAGACUUAUGUUUGUAGGCAAUGUGAACAUGUUGAAUAAUAUGCCAGGAAGCCUUGGAACAUCUUUUGGUGCUUUACUGAAUUCAGUGACCUAACAUUUUUUUUGGUGUUGUUUUGAAAUGGUAUUUUAGCAAAGGGGAGCAUUUGGGAGAGCACUGUUCAUUUUACACCAUUAUCAUAUUUUUGAUAGAGACUUUAUGAACUCAUCAGAUUUCAGAGGACUUGAGAUUUUGCACCUUAAAUCAGAAGCUUAUAAUGAUCACCAGGUCAAGUUCACACCUCAGUUUUGUGAAUUUAGGACUGAGAAUGCCAUGUCAAAGUAGUAAUUAUAACUAAGAUCAGUGUUAGAUUAUUUUUUAAAAAUCAUAGGUUUGCAACUAGAGAACUCUUAAGUGUAGGUAGCAGUAGCCUAAGCGGUAUGGUAGGUUAGGUCUAUGAAGAUGGGCAGAGCAAGUAAUUUUUUCAAACUUCUCUGCCAAAAAACAAGAAUGAAGAGCAUCUCAGCAGCAGAAUGCAGAAGCAUAUGCUUUGAAGGAGUGUUUUAAAAACACUGUUAAUGUCUUUUUUAUAAUUAACUUCUUUGUCUUUGCAACAUGAUGUGGUGUAUUUGCUUGCCUUUGUGCAUUUUUGCCUGCUUGCAUCGCAGUGAAAGGGACUAGGAUUUGCUAAGGGGUUAACUGUGCCAUGUUCUAUAAAGCACAAAGCACUAUCUGUUAUUAAUCUAAUGUUAACAAUAAGAUUCUCUGUAGGAUAUCACCUCUUUGUAGCUAACACGUUUAUAACAGCAAAUGAAUCAAAGAGUUAAAAAAGACUCUUUUAAAUCCGAUUCAGGGAAUUGUAAUCUAGAGGCUGCUAAAAGUUUUUUGGGAUUGACAAUAGAGAUUCAAGUCAACACUAUAAGCACUGUUAUACUACUUUACUCCUUUAUUUCCACAUUUUUGAGAGAUAUUUUUCAUACAAAGGGGGUUUUGUAACAUUUCAUGCCAUGCGCCUUGCCAUAUUUCACUUUUCUUCAUUCUGUUCUCCAGCAUUAAGUGAGUAAGAACCAGGUGUGACACAGUUUCAUAGUAACUAUACGUGAUGAAGGAAGUAUUCCGUCUGUUAAGCACAUGCUUUGUCUGCUUGCAUAAAUUAACUUAUAAAAUUACAAUGUUUAACCACUGCCAAGCAAAAAAAGUUAAAUAAACUUGAAAUCAUUUUUUCUUU